AUGACGGUGCCGAUCAGGGCAAUGCCAGAUAUUGGACCACAGACAGAGCCAAUGAGAACAGAGGCCGGGGGCGUCCGGGAGGCGUUCAGCGGGCGCGAGGGCCGGGGGGCCCGGGAGGCGUUCAGCGGGCGCGAGGGCCGGGGGGCCCGGGGAGUGCUCGGGGAGUCCGCCCGUCGGUCCCCCCGGGUGAAGCGAGCCGCCUCCGAUGACGACAUCGCCGUCCUCCUGCGGGCGCACAACGACGCCCGAGCCGGGGCCACGCCGACUGCGGCUAACAUGAAGAACAUGUUCUGGGAUGAGCGACUCGCCUUCAAAGCUCAGACCUACUCGGCGAAGUGCCGGUACCGACCGAACCCGGACAGGUCCGUGGGCGGGGAGGGGUUCGCCACGGCCGGGGAGAGUCUGUACGCCUCCGCGGUGAGCACGGACCUGGAGAGCGUGGUGGCGAGCUGGCGGGCUGAGGGGGUUCAGUAUGACUUCACUUCAAACACCUGUGCUGACGGGGCCGACUGUAGCAGGUACACACAGCUCGUGUGGGCGACGUCUUACAAGGUCGGCUGUGGCUGGACGGUGUGUCCGAGUCUGGACAACUUCGCCGGAAGUGACGUCUUCUUCCUGGUGUGCAACUAUGGACCCGAAGGAAACACAGGCGGAGGUCGGCCGUACGUCAGCGGGACGGAGUGUUCCAGGUGUGCCUUCGGGAACGUGUGUACUGAUGACGGGCUCUGUAUUAUGGACGCUCCUGAAGAUCUGACCAUUACUGACGUCACCUUCAGCUCACUGUCUGUGUCAUGGGUGGGAUCCACAUCCAUGGUCAGCAACUACGUACUAACGUACGUGCGGCAAGGGGGCAGGGAGAGGGAAGUCAUACCAGCACCCGGACCCAGAGCUACGUCAGCAACUAUUGGGGACCUGUUCGCAGGAACGGAUUACGUCAUAACCCUGAAGGCUGCUGGGAUACUGAUGGAGAGUCUGCCCAUCACCCUGACGCAAGCUACAGAGUCUGUGAUUGUAAACGUGGACUGCGACUCCACCUCCAUGGGGGUGCAGAUCCCCCUGGCGGGCCUGCCCGGUAUUAACUCCAGCCGUGUGCGCCUGUCGGACCCACAAUGCCGCGGGGCAGUGGACGGCGACAACCUGGUUGUCAGGACGGACCUGACGGACUGCGGGACAACUUCACAGGCAACGAACGGUUCUGACGUCAUCGCGUUCACGAACGAGCUGAUCAUCGACGCGUCAUCAGGUCAGGAGGUCAUGAGCUGGCCAAUCAGCUGCAACUUCCUGGUGGCGGACUGGGUCGGCUUUGAGGGGGAGGGACUGCUGUUCGAGAUCCCCAAACCAAGUCUGCAGGUGGAGGAUGGCGAGCACAAGUUCAACUUCAACAUGCACGUCUUCAAGUCCGAAGCCUUCGCCAGCCCUUUCCGGACCUCAGACUACCCCAUUUCGGUUUUCCCCUGGGAGCCGCUGUACUUCGGGCUGUUCGUGGACACGUCACUUCCGGGGUACGUCAUGUUCGCUGAGACCUGUUUUGCCACGCCGACCCCUGACCCGGAGGCCACGCCCCGGUACAGCAUCAUUGAGGACGGGUGUAACGUUGACGAGUCGCUGACUGUGUACGACACCACUCCGCUGGAGUUCCAGUUCAGCAUCGCUUCCACACAGUUCCAGGCGGAGAGUAUGGUGUACGUACACUGUAGGAUGAUCGUGUGUAUGGAGGACGACUCUGGUUCCCGGUGUGCGCAGGGCUGUAUCGACCAGAACUCACCAAUCAGAAACAGGAGAAGGCGGUCACGUGACGGCGGGGAGGACAGACGCCAGGCUCUGAUGAAACAAGGACCGAUUCUGAUCGUCCAUGAGAAAGCUGACGACUCCGUGGUGCUGUGGUCGGUGAUCGCGUGUGUGCUGGGCGUGGCGUACCCCGCUCUCUGUGGCCUGGCCGUGUGCUUCUGGUGCGCGCGGCGGCGCAGAAGGGCCAAGACAGCCGCCGACUCACCCGGAGGUUUCGGUGGGAACAUCAACAUGGGCUUCGUGAAAAAUUAGUGGGACAGGAGACAAAGAA